AUGAAUGUUUCGUUCCAUGUCAUCGAUCUUUUACUCGUCCCAGAUUUCAAGUCGUUUGGUGACAAGUCGCUCAGCGAAGGCUUCGGUAAAGGGGAAAUCGCCCCCCUACCGACCACUCCAUUUGAUGCCAGCGAGAUUGUCGCCGCCUUUCGCUAUAUGAGCCAGGGACGGCACAUUGGAAAGAUCGUGAUCCAGAACCUCCACCAGUUCCAAGUCUGCCAUUUGCCGUUGACACUUUGGAAGGAAAGCCACCUCAUUACGGGCGGAUUGGGUGGUCUUGGAAUGGCACUGGCAUUUCGUCUUGCGUGCCAUGGGAGUAGGAAAUAUCUGUUGGUCGGUCGCAGGGGUGUCACCAAUUCAGUCCAACGAUUCACAAUUUCGCAGAUGGAGGCUUUGGGAUGCCAAGUACAUGUUCUACAAGCCAAUGUGGUAGACCUAACCCCCAACAUGUGCACAUUUCAGCCUGAUCGGAUUUGGCACGUGGCCACUGUAUACCGUGAUGUGACAUUCUCCAAGAUGACUGAUGAUCAUUGGGAUGAUGUUGUCCGAACCAAGGUUGAGGGCUACCACCACAUGCGCCAAUGUUGGCCCGUUACUUCUUUGGUCAACAUCAGUUCUGUCAGUGGCUACUUUGGAAAUGUGGGGCAAACCAAUUACGCAUUUGCCAAUUCAAGCUUGGAUGCUGCAGCUCGUCGCGAUCCGAAUACGCUGACGGUGCGCUUGGGCACUUUGGACAACGUUGGCUACGUCGUUGAGAAUGAGAGCAAUCACCGUGUGCUGGAACAAUACAUUCUAACUGCACUUAUGGUGAAGUGA